ACUGUGAAGAAGCGAACUGUGACAUAUUCACGAAAGGUCGGAAACAAAUCCAUGAAGGACACGGCGAUAACUCGGAAGCCGGGACAAAUAUUUUCGAAUUAUUGUAGUUAGUAAUUCAGCAGAAAAAAACGGACUAAAGAUAUAUGUAAAUUUCUUGAACCAGUACGAAGUCAGUCGAGCUAAAAAGAACAGACCGAUCAUGCAACAGCUGUGCGAUCAGUGUAGGAAAGUUGCUUCCGGUAGGUUGUGCGCAUUUCCUUUGUGGAACGCUCGGUAGACGGAUUUACUGUUAUUUAUCGUUAAUCAUAUGAUUUCUUGUUCUGUACAACUUUCCUCGCGAUGGCCAACGUAACACGCUUGCCGGACGACGUGAUUUGUCUGAUUCUGGAGAACGAGAACAUCAGCAUAAAAGAUGUUGCGAACUUUAGUUUAACCUGCAAGUUAUUCUACACGACGAUUAACAAAAACAACGCCCUAUGGAGGUGCAAGUUUUUCCAGAGAUGGCCUGCUCUAAAAACAGUUUGUAAUCAACAUUGGUGUGACGGACAUAGAAGGAUCAAAAAGGAAAUAAAAGAACGACUUAAGUGUAGGCAGAAAUUACUGAAUUACUUUUCGAGGUUAUAUGACCGAAGUUACUACAAGGGAGACUUGAGUUUUAAAGACAUGUUGAAUUUCAAGCGCGUCUUCUGUAUGGAAGACGGAGAUACAUAUCCUUUGGAAUAUUAUUACCUUGAGGAUGAGGUAAAUGAAAUUCUUCGAGGUAAUGAAUGGGAUAGACAUACUAACUUAAGGCAUAAGUAUUAUGCCCAGAAGGUUUCCAUGUACCUGAAGGAAUGUCAAUUAAGAAAGAAGUGGCAAAGAUUCACAAGUCAGCCUGCUGCGCAGCAGAUUUCAGAAUGGACAGCAACUUUCAUGGCAGAAUGGUGCAAACCUCAGGAACAUGUGUCUUAUUCAUACAUAGUAGCGUCAUUAGACAAUAUUGCACAGCAAGCGUUAAAGGUCCUUCAAGAAAAAUAUCCUAACCAUUCGAUAUUCUUGGUAUCAACGGAACAACUUUUUUAUUGGAAAACCAAUAUGAAUAAUGACAAUCAGUGGAACAAAACAGAAACGAAGCAGAUUUUAGAAGCCAUUUGCAGGGUCAUGUUUCACAAUUUAGGUUUCCGUGUAUUUAACGAUUCAGAACGAACCAGUUCGAGUUAUAAGAACUUUAUAGAUAAUGUUUUAGAAGAUAAAUGUGGAGAUGUUUUAAUGCUGACAAUAAUAUUUGAGAGUGUGGCAAGAAGACUGGGUGUACCCUGUGAUUAUUUUACCUUUUCAAGUUAUUUCUCUUUGGUUUGGAGAGAUAGAUGUGAUACAACAAAAGCUGAGAGUGAAAGCUAUUAUUAUAUUGACAUUUUUUCUAAUGGAACUAUUCUGAGCAGAGCAGGAUGUCCCAGGUCUUAUAGUGAUACUUCGUAUUAUAUAACGUGUCCAGUAAAGAAUUGCAUGGUGCCCAAGCCAACUCCGGCACAGUUGAUAGCACGACUGUUAAACUAUGUGCACAUGGCGGGUGAAGUAAACGAUAGAAAGAAAGCAGAAAGGAAUCGCUUGAUACAGGAGCUACGGCAUAUGGUAAAUCCGGAAGAUUUGGAAGGAGUUUCAUGGCUAAUUGGCAUUUAUUCGACGUGUAGAAUGGACUUAUCGGACAUCGAGAUGUCAUUAAAGAAAGUACAAGAUACGGAGACGAAUCCGUUGGAAACGAGGUCAGGAGCUAAAAUGGUAUUAGAUAAGCUCUCACUGGCACGAAGAACUAUACCACCGUAUGUUAUAGUACCAAAGAAGAGAUCCAAGUACGUGAACUAUGCAGUUGGAAUGAUCGUGGAGUUCGAUGACUAUACGUCGGAACCUACGUGUACAGGCGUAAUCACGGGAUGGGGGAGGGAUGGGGCAAUAUUUUGUGAUGAAGAGGACAGUAAUAAACAAACGACAAUACUAUACUACGAGGUAUUCUUUAGCGGCAAUAAAAACUUCUCCCUUCCUCAAGUUUGUAUAAAGCCAGCGAAAAAGCCGACGUGGAUCGAUCACAGAGAAAUCGGUCGAUACUUCAGUCACUUCGAAGGAACACACUAUAUGCCAAAUCAAAAAUUGCUCGAGGAAUAUCCCGACGAUCUUGAAGUUUUACGGGAAUAUUGCAAGCGGUAUCACAAACGUUCUUAAGUUAAAAAUCGUUCAAAGAUUGAUACGCAAUAUGAACGAUGAGAGGGGAAUCUUCAUCAUAAUUUAGUUUGAUCUGAAGAUUAGGUUGUUGCGUCUAGGUAUUCAUAUAUUAUGAUUAUACAUAAAUGAAAUAGAUAGAAAUGCGCAAUUAGUAAGGCUUGUAGCAUUCACAAAAUUUGAACAGAAAAAUCAAUAGAAUUUAAAUACUAAACCUGUCGGGUAAUUGCGAUUGAAAAUUAUGAAGAAAGAACAAGACUGCCAUGUUGAAAUUCUCCUGUUACAUCUGUUGUGAUCAGGGUAGAUUCUUUCGUCGCUCGCGUUUUAAAGUUUGUGUUUUUGCAUUUAUAUCGUCGGUCUAACUGAUAACCAGCGUUUCGCACAUCUCGGUAUAUUAUAUCUGUAAAACCAGGCUAUUUCUUAACCUCUUAAUCUGUUAGUCUCUUUUCCUAAUUUCUCACAACUACUUGUUAAUUGUUACGAGAAUUGACGGGGAUUCGAAAACGUCAUAUCGAGUGUUCAUCAGUACGAUCUUUUUUGAACACAGAGUUUUGAGCUUAUUCCCUGCAAUAAUUCCCGUGUGUCGAGAACGUCCUAUAAAAACGAAAAAUGGUUAAGUAUUAUACAGUAUACAAGCACCUAUGACGUGAGAAUGUAAGCGAUAAUUUGGGAAGAAUCUCGAUUUCACUUUCCCACGAUGCGCGUUAUAAGAAAUGGAUUACGUAGGAUUUCCUGCAUAUGGAGAUUAGAAGAAGAGAAAGAAAGCAGUUUUUCUCACUGUACUCACAAUUCAGUAUUACAUUUAGUUAUCGAGAAUUGGCAUUUAACGUAAUGGCGGAAUAUUUUUUUACGAAAACAAUAUUUCGAUGUACAAAUUAUUAUAUAGAUAUAUUACAAUAUUAUAAAAGAAUAUGAGAUUUUCCUCUGCCGGUUAAUAAGUUAAAACCUUUUUAAGUAUCUUUAAUAAAUAUAUUUUGUCUAUAUGUA